GGAAGAGCAGAUCAGCUGCAGGCAAGCGACAGUGAUGGCCUUCAACGAGAUGAUCUGUGUGGCGGCUCUGCUGACGCUGCUGAUCAACGAGUGUGACUCUCAGCUCUCCGUUUGUGGUCAACCUUCACCUUCACUCAACACCAGGAUUGUUGGAGGAGCAGCAGCUCCUGCAGGCAGCUGGCCCUGGCAGGCCAGUCUGCACACCUCCAGCCACUUCUGUGGAGGAUCUCUGAUCAACAACCAGUGGGUGCUGACUGCAGCUCACUGCUUUGUCAGGCUUACGGGUCAGACGGUGACGGUGUAUCUGGGUCGACAGAGUCAGGAGGGAUCCAACCCAAACGAAGUCUCCCGGACAGCAGUACAGAUCACUCCUCACCCCGACUAUAAUAAUAUAACUUCCAACAAUGACAUUGCUCUCCUGAAGCUCAAUGUACCAGUCAGCUUCACCAGUUACAUAUCACCAGUCUGCCUGGCCGCUUCAGGCAGCAUCUUCUCCAGCGGGGUUAACUCCUGGGUCACUGGCUGGGGAAACAUUGGGACUGACGUCUCUCUUCCAUCUCCUCAAAACUUGAUGGAGGUGGAGGUGCCGGUUGUGGGAAACUCACAGUGCAAGUCGAGCUACGGGGAGAGCGCCAUUACUGACAACAUGAUAUGUGCCGGGUUACUAGAGGGAGGGAAGGACUCCUGUCAGGGGGAUUCAGGAGGUCCGAUGGUGAGCAAGCAGGGGAACCGCUGGAUUCAAUCAGGAGUUGUAAGUUUUGGAAAUGGAUGUGCUAAGCCAAAUUUCCCAGGAGUCUACACCAGAGUAUCCCAGUAUGAGGGCUGGAUCAACAGCUUUAUCAACACCAACCAGCCGGGCUUCAUCACCUUCCAGUCCAGCGUUUCCAGUACAACCUCGAACCCUACAACGCAUCCACCCAGUACGACCUCGAACCCUACAACUCAUCCACCCAGUACAACCUCGAACCCUACAACGCAUCCACCCAGUACGACCUCGAACCCUACAACGCAUCCACCCAGCACAACCUCGAACCCUACAACUCAUCCACCCAGUACAACCUCGAACCCUACAACUCAUCCACCCAGUACAACCUCGAACCCUACAACGCAUCCACCCAGCACAACCUCGAACCCUACAACUCAUCCACCCAGCACAACCUCGAACCCUACAACUCAUCCACCCAGUACAACCUCGAACCCUACAACGCAUCCACCCAGCACAACCUCGAACCCUACAACGCAUCCACCCAGUACGACCUCGAACCCUACAACUCAUCCACCCAGUACAACAACAACUAAACCUCAGCGUGUGGUCUGUGGUCAGGCCCCACUGGCUUCUAGGAUUUCGGGUGGAGUGUCUGUGGCGUUGGCCGGUGCGUGGCCGUGGAUGGCCAGCUUACAGAAGAACGGCCAGCACGUGUGUGGAGGGACGCUGGUGUCUGAGAGAGACGUGCUGACCAACGCCAACUGCUUCUCAGGCUCCCCUAACGCCUCUGAGUGGACGGUCGUGUUGGGUCGGCUAUAUCAGAACGACGUGAACCAGUUUGAGGUGUCGUUGGAUGUGGUCAAUAUCAGCGUGAGCAACCUGACAGGAACCAACAUCGCAGUGCUGACGCUGUCGUCCCCACCCACCCUGAACGGAUACAUUUGGCCGAUCUGCCUGGACAACGGAAGAACAUUCCCACCGGGAGCCGAAUGCUGGGCCGCCGGCUGGAGCUCUGGAGCAGGAGGAGUGAAGGAACCUCUGCAGCAGUUCCAGACAACAGUGCUAAACUGUGGGGAUGCAUCAGCAGCAGACACCAUUUGCACAGAAGACUUUACUCUGGGACAGGGCGACUCUGGUGGUCCGCUCAUGUGUAAGCAGGACGGCUCCUGGUUCCAGGCGGCGGUGCUUUCAUUGGAGAAUACCUCCAACAGAAGGAAACGAGCCAGCAUGAAGACCUUUGAAAAACUGAGCUAUUUUCAGUCCUUCCUGACCAAGACACUGGGACCACUCUUGUCUCCAGCAACUGUCAUCACCACCAUCAUCACAAAUACCACAACCCCGAUCGCCACAACAAACGGUUUUUUGUGGAGUGGAGUGACAAUGCCUCACUCCUCCUCCAUCCUCUUAGGCCAUCUUCUCCUCUUAGCUUUAUGCCUCCAAGUCUUCGGAUAAGCAGCAUUUACACUCUGAUUUACAAGAUAUGAAACGGAGAAACAGUUUGGCAGCGACUUUCAAACUCAAAACGUUUUUUUUUUUCAUCCACAGAAGAAACAAAAAACAUAAAGCAAAAAUAGUUUAAAGGCUAAACCUUACAUGGUUGUAAAAUCAACCUUGAAAAAUCUAAAUAAAUGCAUCAGAUCUAAAAAGAUUAACCAACAGAAAUGUAAAAACGCUACGUCUAAUCUUCUCCAGUUUUCUUGAAGUGUGAUUUAUCUGAUUACUGUUACAGAUUGUAAAUCUGACUUGUUUCUCUUCCUUUAUUAAAACAAAUCAGUUCAUUCAUUUUCUAAAAUCAUGCUCACUUCUAUGAUGCUGAUUAAAAUAUUUUGAUUUUGAGGUUUAAUUAUAAACAUAUCUAUAUAUCAAUUAUAAUUUUGGUGUCUUAAAAAAUUUGCGGAUAGGAAAUCUAUGCACAAAACUAGCGUUGCUUCGUAUUUGUGAUGUGACCAUGUGUACUAUCCAAUCCUUGAUUAAACUUGAAUAAAAUAAAUAUAUAAAAGUAAUAAAUUAAACUCA